AUGACGUACGAAACCAUUUCGGUUCGUAUGAACCGCUCGGAUCGCAAUAUUCGAUGGGGAUUCUCUGUUCGUCAGCAAGCCGAUGGUCUCAUUAUUGAUCGGGUCGAAGCUGAAUCCCUUUCCGACAAGGCAGGCGUCAAGCACAAUGAUAAAGUUGAUCAGAUUAACGGUCGUUCAACACGUGGAUUGGAUGCCUCUACCGCUAACAGACUUAUUGAUGAUUCCUUCAAUGAGGUUCGGCUUUCUUUGCAGAGAUUCGUCACCUCACACACCUGUUUGCCAUGGACCCUCAACGAGAAGGACAACAAAAUGGUCGUAGAAGACAUGAAGCCAGGAUUCGGUUCUGGCUUUGGAAGUGGAUUCGGUGGAAAUUCUUCGUUCAAUCAGAACACAUUCGGCUCCCACUUCGGCACCGGAUCCGGCGUGAACCGUAACAUUACCAACACCAAUACAAGCAGCAGUAACCAUCAGAGCUCGACCUUCCACUCCUCCUCCCACAACACUUCUGGAAACUUCGGAGGAGCCGGUGGUUUCUCUCCAUCCUCUCACCACAACAUCCCAAUUCGUCACUCCCCAGCACCACCAUUCAGCCAUAACUUGGCCAGCAACAACUCCUAUUCCUCCAACAUCAAAAAAUCAACAGACAACAAUAUUCUGCCGGGAAGUGCCACGUAUAACCCAGGCUCUGGUUCCAACUAUAAUUCGACUCCAGCAGGAUUUGGAGCCUCAUCCGGCGGGUACAAGGGAGGAUACUCGAAUGGAGCAAUUCCAGCUCCAGCUCCAACUCAAGCACCACCAUCAACCUAUAGCUACAACAACGGUGCAACCAACCAAAGUUACGGACAAGGAGCCGGCGGAACCCCACUCAACCAGCUGACAUUUAUCAACACCGCUCCAGCGCCAGGAGGAGGAAUCGGAGCUCAAGGAGGGCUCUCCCCAUCGAAAGUUUUCUAUCACUCGCCAUCGGGUCGCAACAGAAAUGAUUUGUCGCCCGGGGCGUCGGUUCAUCAUUUGCAGUACAACUCACCGAUGAACCUCUAUUCGUCGGAGGCAACCGCCGAACAACUUUAUCAACAGACCGGAUUGACACCAGAAGGACCAGUACCACACGACAAAACCCCAGCCUACCUGACCUCGGAGACCAGAAAGUUGAUUGAAGAAGAAGCACGUGGUCGAUUCCAACGUGGCAAGUCACCAUCCAGCCAAUCCUCAUGCUUCAAACGAAUUGCUCACGCUGUUGGAGCGGAUCAUUAA